GUCGUCCAUGGAGAUUGGGAGUGGGUGGAGGGGCGAUGGGGGACUUAGUGGAUAAUUAUGGUGGAGGGCGAUAACGAUAAGAGCGCGGUCCGGGACGCGCUAAUUUUAGCCAUUACACGUUCUAGUCGCGUCCCGCCCGUUGUUAGGGCUGGGAAAGAGUGACAUUUUGAGAUAGCGCUGCUACUGCGACAACGAACUCGAAUUAUGGAUGAGGAAGAACGAAAUAUUUUGACGGAGCAGUCGGUUGUGUUGAGGCAGGAGUUGAAGGUUUGGGAGAGGGAGUUUGCGGCUGGGAAUAAUGGACAGAAGGCUGGGAGGGAGGAUAUUAAGCAGAACUCUCAUAUAGCUCAAAAGUACAAGGAUUACAAUCGAAUUCGAGAUAUCCUCGCUGGCAAAAUACCCACGAAACCUCUACCUAAACCGAAGCCAAAAGCGCCAGAAACUACCGCGCCCCGGUCCUCGAAACGAAAAUCCCCUUCCAAUACACUUGGGACACCCGCUAAACGACGGGCAGUCGUGGAGUCUCGGACGCCCUCACAGAUACACCCCCAACCUUCGACAGCGGGACCAUUCGACACUCCCUCAGCGAACCGCCUCCUCUUCACCCCCCAAAAGCCCCGUGUCAUCGGGCCCACGCCGCAGAAAGAUGGCAAGUUCCUCGGUAUAUUCGACGCCAUGCCCAGCGGUGAUGAAAUAUCGCCGUUCAAGCAACCAGCCGCCCCCUCCGACGCCCCAAGCAUCCAGGAGACGCCGCGGAAGUCGAAGGCUGCUGAUGAAGGGAUCAUGGCCACCCCGAGCGCGGCGAGGCAUUCGAGGACGCCGCUGUCGAGCAGUAAGCGCUUCUUGCUGGAUACGUUUGUGACGCCGUUGAAGCGCCGGCGGGGGAGCAAUGAGGAGAGCACCAGACAGGCGUCGUUGACGCCUAGUUCUGUGUCGAAACUGAAUCUCUCUACGCCAUCGUUUUUGCGAAGGGAUAACAGGAUCGCUGCGCUUCCGGCUAUUAGUGAGGAUGCUGUUGACGUAUUGUCCCCGCCGGCAGCGAGAAUGCCGAAGAGGUCGCUUGUUAGGGGGUUGAGUAGUAUGCUGGCGAGCUUGAGGGAGAUGCAAGAAGAAGCGCUGGAUGACGACCUUGACGCCCUGCGAGAGAUGGAGAGUGGCCCGCCACCUCCGAAUGCUGCUCCGAAGCAGUCAUUACCCAAGCCUCAAGCGCCGAAACCACAAGAAAGCAUUCAGGUCGGGGAUAGCCAGCAGCUUACCGAUUUCCCGUUUAUCGAUUUCCCGGAUCUGGAUUUCAAUAACGUUGGUGGCAAGGAUGCGGAUGAUGAGCUGGGGGAGAAGGAGCAGGCUAUUGCGGAUAGGGAUAGUAAACUUCCUGUUUACAAGAAGAAGGGCCAGAAGAGGACGACGAGGAAGGUCAAUAUUAGGCCUGUGAGGACUAAAGCGCCAGCUCAAGAGGCUGCACCUACGAAUUACUCCGAUGAUGAAGAUGACGAGUACGGUGAUGGGCAGGAUGAUACGCAAGAUGGGGAUACACAGAACCCGACUCUCGUCCCAGAUACGCAGGAAGGCUUUGAGGCAGACUCGCUACCGCUUUACAAGGCAGUCCGUAACUUUGACUCGGGCUCGGAUGACAGCACGCAGUACACGGCCUCGGAGGGAGGGACGAGAUACAAGAGGAGCAAGCAGAAGAUGACGGGGCGCAGGCAGAAGGUUGGGGCUCAGGUGCAUACGAAUUAUAAGAGGACGAAGCUGAAGAAUUCGGGAGCGAAGGGAGGGAGGGCUGGAGGGAAGUUUGGGAGGAGGCGGUGAUUGUGAAGAUGGGUAGCUGCUUGGCUUUGCUGUGGCUAUAGAAUUGGUGUACACGAAUUAUGAAGGUUAUGAUGGAUACAAUAGCAUGUUGCAUUGGAGAUGGUAGCGUAGCAUACAAUGGUUUUGAGAAAUGGGAAUACAUACUUUAGAGGCAUUUUUUGGGCGAUGGUCUAUCGCAUUAUAUCGGCUUUAUAUUACUUGUAACGACCUCGCUGGCCCAUAGGCCGAAGAUAUCUUGUGGCUACAUGUGGUCAUUGUUCUGGGCCUCACAAAUCCCUGUUCUAGACCCCAGCCUUUUAUCGACGAGAACUCGCACAAGCAGCG